UAUGCACAGUGAAAUUCUUGAAGGUCGCGGUAAAUGUCUCACGUUAUCACUUUCUGUUGUUUUCGACGCCAAAUUCUGUUUAAAAAUAACAAUACUCGUAUAAACAUCAUCUGCUCAACGCAAAAACAUUCGCUGAAAUGUCAAAUCAAUCAACGAAAAAUAGUGCUUUCAUUACCAAUCUCGACCCAACCACGUCAGAUGUCGAUUUAAUAUCAUAUUUUCAAAAAAAAUACACCGGCGUAACAAGUGGAAAAAUUGUUCGAGAUUUGAAUGGCCGUUCUAAAGGUUACGCGUUUAUAAAUUUCACCGAUCCUGCGAGUGCCAAUCGAGUAAUUCAAGAUAGGAACCAUCUGAUAAAUGGUAAAAUUGCAACUUGUAAACACGUCUCUCCUAAAAAGAAGAAACAAAACAUACCCAAAAAUUUUCAGAAAAAAGAACCGCAACAUCUGAGAGUAUUAUACGUUGGUAAUGUGAAUACAAGCACGACAAAUCAGCAAUUGAAAGAGUACUUCGAGAAAUACGGUUCAGUGGUAACUGCUUUCAUCGUUUAUGAUGAAAACAAAAAAUCCAAAGGUUACGGUUUCGUGGAAUUUCAAAGCUCAGCAUCGGUUGAAGAAGUACAGGAAAAAAGACCGCAUAAAAUAAACGAUCAGGAAGUUCAGACGGUUAGAACUUAUCCAAAAGAAUUCCCAAAUCAUCUGAAGAAACCCACCACCGUUCUUUACGUUUCAAAUUACAACGAUUGUGUGGACGAGGAAAACAUCGAAGAAUAUUUCAGUCAAUUUGGAGACAUUACUAUGGUAUCUCGUAAAGUCAAACGACCAGAAGAUAUUAAAUUCAUGGAGUUGCAGUUCGACGAUUACGACGCCGUAGAUAAUAUAUGCUUGGCUGAUAAUCACACUAUAAAUAACUGCACCAUUACGGUAGCAAAAUACCUGGGAGAUGAUUUGGAAAAGUGUACCAAGCCUCAUACCGGAACAGUAACGCAGAAUAGUACAAAACCAGCAGUAAAUUAUUCCAGAUCCAACUCAGUAAAGAACUCAAGCAUUACGAAAAACUCGCCAUCAAGAGCUUCGAGCUAUAACUCGACCAUGAACGCUGGAAAAAAUCCAAUUAAUCUAACUGCUCCUAGUCUUCCUGCGCAGGAUCUACAUCAGUCUCCCUACAAUCCACAUUUCGUCAGCAUUCCUAUUCAACAGCAACCGUUGUAUCCAAGUCUUCAGACACAGCCGACGAUGACAAAUCUUCAACCUAGCUCUAGGCCUACAUCAUUUGCCACGGCGUCUUCUUCUGCGAGUUCAGGUCGUAGGCCUACUCCUCCUCCUCGACACAGGACUGCAACGAAUAAUCCUAAUGAUAAGGAUUGUCAUAUUUUGUAAUAAGAUUUAAAUUUAGAUUUUUAGUACGUACGUUUUCUAAAAAUAUAUACGUAUCUAUGAUAGGUAACUGUGUGUAAGGGUUGAUGGUUUGUUAUGCAAAUUUCUGAACAGUGAUUUAUGAUUUUUGAUACCUACUUGUGCAGUAUUAAAACAAUUUUUCUCUUAAUCGAUUUAAACUUACGUAAGCAAUGUUUUUUUAAUUUUUACUACCUUUUGAUUAAAAAUGAAAAACACAGUCA